AUGGACCUUUUGCAGUCGACCACUGCCGAGUGCGAGAGGCUCAAAACGCCCUCGUACCUAGAGCUCAUCGUGUCCAUCUUCAUCUUGAUCGGACUCUUGAUUUCAUACCUUCCACAGCACUAUCGCAUCAUCUCGCGCGGGACAUCUGAGGGCAUAUCGCCAUAUUUUGUUCUACUUGGCACCACGUCUGCCACCGCUGGAUUCGCCAAUAUCCUGACCGUCCCGCCCUCGCGCGCCGCCAUCGGCUGCUGCAAGGAGCUCGAGACCUUCGAGUGCGCCGCUGGCUUGCUGGGCGUGGCCCAGCUCGGCAUGCAGUGGCUAUGCUUCGCUCUCAUUCUCGUUUUGUUCCUUAUCUUCUUCCGUUAUAGAGAGGCAAAUGUUCCUCAGGAAGAGUUAGGCGGAGAGUCGCCAAAAUGGCAAACGGCCGUUGCCGUGGGCCUGCUCUGCGUCGUUCACGGCCUUAUCGUCAUCAUCGUCACUGGCGUGUUUGCCAUUGCUCUGCCCAACCACCUCACCGUGUGGGCCAACGUCCUCGGCGUCAUGGCGGCUGGUCUCGCGGCCAUUCAAUACGUCCCGCAGAUCUGGAUGACGUACCAUCUGAAGCACGUCGGGAGCUUGAGCAUCCCCAUGAUGUGCAUUCAGACACCCGGCGGAUUUUUGUUUGCGGCCAGUCUAUACGCGAGGCUCGGGCCCGAGGGCUGGAGUACUUGGGCCAUUUAUCUACUGACGGCCGUCAUGCAAGGCACCGUGCUGGUUCUCGGUGUGUAUUACGAAAUCGCUGCGCGCCGGUACGACGGCCACGGGGCCGAGCACGGCGUCGACGGGCCACACUCACCGGUCGACGGCACGGCAGCGGCCCCCCGCCGGCCGUCUGCCAAUCGGACCUACUCGGAGGGCUGGGAGCGCGGCCUCCCCGGACCCUUCACUGGCCACCCGGAGCGCUACGCCGAGACGGAGGAAGAUCUUGACCACAUACAGGAGCGCGAGGAGCGGGCCAUUGCGCGGGAGAACCAGCCGCUUCUACGUCCCGGCGGAAUAGGCAAUCCCCGCAGGAACUAUAACUCGACUCGGAACUGA